AUGACCGAUCAGAUAGCGAGAGCAGAAGAAUUCGAGAGAAAAGCCGAGAAGAAGCUCAGCGGUUGGGGUCUUUUCGGUUCCAAAUACGAAGACGCCGCUGAUUUGUUCGAUAAAGCUGCUAAUGCCUUCAAACUCGCCAAAUCAUGGGAUCAAGCUGGAGCUGUGUAUGUCAAAUUGGCUAACUGUCAUGUAAAGUUGGAUAGCAAACAUGAAGCUGCCAAUGCUUAUGCUGAUGCUGCUCAUUGCUAUAAGAAAACAAAUACAAAAGAGUCCAUAUCUUGCCUAGAGCAAGCUAUAAAUAUAUUUUUGGAUAUUGGAAGGCUCAAUAUGUCUGCGAGAUAUUAUAAGGAAAUUGCCGAAUUGUACGAGCAAGAACAAAACUUGGAGCAGUCUAUUGUUUUCUAUGAAAGGGCAGCUGAUCUAUUCCAAAGUGAAGAAGUAACAACAACUGCAAAUCAAUGCAAGCAGAAAAUUGCACAAUUCUCUGCUCAACUUGAACGAUACCAGCCAGCGAUUGAGAUAUACGAAGAGAUAGCACGCCACUCUCUUAACAAUAACUUACUGAAGUAUGGAGUCAAAGGACAUCUUCUUAAUGCUGGCAUUUGCCAACUCUGUAAAGGCGAUGUUGUUGCGGUUACUAAUGCAUUGGAGCGAUAUCAGGACCUGGAUCCAACCUUUUCAGGGACACGUGAGUACAGAUUGCUGGCGGAUUUGGCUGCUGCAAUUGACGAGGAAGAUGUUGCAAAGUUCACCAAUGCUGUCAAGGAAUUUGAUAGCAUGACCCAGCUGGAUGCGUGGAAGACAUCUCUUCUGUUGAGAGUGAAGGAAGCAGUGAAGGCUAAAGAGCUGGAAGAGGAUGAUCUUACUUGA